AUGGCCAGUUGGUUUCUGGAACAUAGUGCGAACCCGAAUACGCGAUGCGAGGUAGACUGCACCCCGUUGUCCUAUGCUGUUCGAAAUGCACCUCUGAGUGUUAUCGAACUAAUGCUAGACCGUGGAGCGGAUGUGGAGAAAGGACAACUUCUUCAGUAUGCCGUUUAUCGAGACGAGGAGCUUAAAGAUGUUAUUUCCCUACUUGUCGAAAGAGGUGCCCCUUUGAAUGCGACAAUGUGUCAGGAUGGCCCGACAUUGAUGCGAUUCUUUCCUAUGAGCCUAGGGACUGCGUUGCACGUGGCAACAGAGCAGAGAAAGACGAAUGCAAUCCGCCUUCUGAUUCAUCUCGGGGCAGACACUGAGGUGAAGGACGCGAACGGUGAUACUGCUUUAGAAUGGGCACAAAAAUGGAAUAAAGCAGAAAUGGUGGGGCUGUUGAGAGACUUGGGAGCCCGUUCCUAA